CAUCACCAUCAUCACCACCACCACCACCUACACCACCACCCCCCAAUCCAACACCCCUCCAACCAACGACCCCUAGCAUCAACCAACCCAACCCAACCAACCCCCAAAAAUGACAUCCAAACCCCACAUCGCCCACACCCUCCUAACCCGCGCACACUCCCCCGACACCGCGCAAACGCUCUUCACCGAACGCAUAAAACAAAAACCUCUCUACAUCCGUCCCACCUCCCCAACCCCCUCCGACAACCGUUCCCGCCGACGCCUCCACCGCAUCCGCAAAAAGACCUACUUCCUACGCAAACAAAAGCCCCAACCGCUCUCCGCGCGCGAGAAGCGCGCCACCGGCCUCCACGCCCUCCCCAAGGAAGAAUGCAAAUAUGCCAUAUUCCAAGAACUGCAUGGGAUGUGGGUGCGGUAUAUGCAGGAGAUGUUAGAAUUAGGGGAGAAGAAAUUCAAGCCGCCGAUGAAUCCCACCGCGCAUGGAAGUAAACUUGUAAGUGCGGAUUUUCAUGGUGCGGAGGUGGAGGUCGUGAGGAGUAGGUGUGAGGGGAGGGUAGGGGUUAGGGGGAUUGUGGUUAGGGAUACGAAGUUUACGUUUGUGGUUGUUACGAGGGGGGAUGAGGUUAAGACUAUUCCGAAGGAGCAGACGAUUUUUCGAUUUUGGGUGCCGUUGCCUGUGUCUGAGGCGGCGAUGGAUGUGGAUGGGGCUGGGACAUCGUCGACGGAGGUGGGUGAUGCUGGUGCUGGCAAGGGAAAGGAGCUCGUGUUUGAGCUUCAUGGCAGUCAGUUUCAGAAUCGGCCGGUUGAUAGGGCGAAUAAGAAGUUCAAGUGGCGGAAUGUGGAUUAUAUUUGAACUGCCGAGGGAAAUUUAUCACCAGGUGUGAUGAUCAUUUUAUAUUGGCAUUGCAAGGAAUAGUCUGGGAGACUAUCCUCCAGAAGCCGAGUCUACACCCAGACGAGCCAUCUCAAUAAGGUGGAUGUGCGUUGUGAAAUGCACCGUCGCAUCCUGCAGUCUGCGCGUCUGGUAUGAGUUUGUGUAUCAAGCUGGCUUGCUUUGAUACAGCUCUUACCAGUGACGGGAAGCAUACCACAUGGAUGACGCAUCGCAAUAUCCGCGUCAAUAUGAGUCAACGGAGGAGCGAUGACUACAAAGAAGAGCCUUGCUGUCCAGUGAAGAGUCGAGGUCGACAGGGCCCUGGUUCGGCAAGUUGGCGACAAUGGUACGAGGCAUGCCAUAGUGCAUUAGAGCUUCGUAUACUCGAAACUACGAGAAGUGUGCAUGAGAAUCAAUGGAAUAGACAAGU